CGGCACCGAAAAAAGUAUCGAUCCGCGCAGCCAAUCUGUACCUCCAUUCACGCGGUCCUCUCUACUCAUCGGCAACGCCAGUUCCCUCCUUUUUUCACGCUUUCUCUCUCUCUCUCUCUCUCUCUCUCUCUCUCUCUCUCUCUCUCUCUCUCUCUCUCUCUCUCUCUCUCUCUCUCUCUCUCUCUCUCUCUCUCUCUCUCUCUCUCUCUCUCUCUCUCUCUCUCUCUCUCUCUCUCUCUCUCUCUCUCUCUCUCUCUCUCUCUCUCUCUCUCUCUCUCUCUCUCUCUCUCUCUCGACAUUGCCCAGUUCAAAAUUCAUCAGAUUCAAAUGUUUGUACACCAUUUGCGUUGAACUUUUGUAUCGCCUUUUCAACCGCGCGUAUAGGUCCACUCCGAACAAGCGCGUCCGGUUAAGUGUAAAAAGUCAAUCCUAACCAAAAUAACUAGGAUACACGCGCGUGUCACGAUCAUCAUGCGGAGAUCCAAAAAUUCGCUCGUUAUCGCCGUCGGCUAGUACACGGAAGCGAGAAAGAAAAGCCAGCGCUGAGAUCAGGGGCGCGAGGAAGAAAGCGCGCGCGGAUCGAUCGAUCCCGGUGGCGGCUGGAAUUUCGCGAACGAGACUCGAGGCUUUCUCCUCCCGCGCGAAGAAAAGUGAAGGAGGCGGAGAAGAAAGGAAGCCGCGCGGCCAAUUAACCGACCUAUCGUCGCCGAAAUUGAAAAAUCUUUCGGGCGGCUUCCCGGGAUUGACCGACGUUACGACCGACCCAAACGGCAGUGCGCGAAUAGAUCGUAACGUCCUUUCCGGAUUAUCGGGAGAGUGGAGCAGCUCCAGCGACGGGUUCGACGUCGCGCGGCUGGGCGAAGAAAAUCCCGCUAGAAGCAUUCUGAGGGCUCGAAAGGAUCUUUUACUAGAGGGCUCUAUGUUUCGGUCGGCUGCACGCGUCCGUAGCACCGGCAGGCUGCGCGUCUCCGAUUGGAUUUCCAAGAUGCUCUUCCUGUGGUCGAGAGAGCCGGUGCCAGCAGCGGUGGGCGCGAGUCCUCGGGCCGGCCCGUGGUUCGCCUGGUUUGCCACGGCGGUUCUGCUCUGGCGUUGUCGUAGGCGUAUAGCCAGAGCCGUGCUCGGCGCGACGGCACCUCUGCGGUUGCUCAAACGCAAGCGCGGCGGUGGCCUCUCGACGAGCGUCGUCGUCUCCAAAGCGCAUCAUCACCAUCACCAGCCCAAGAGCUUGAAACAGCAGCAGUCGCCGAUAGCUGUGCAGCAACAGCUGCAGCUGCAGCCCAGGCAUCACCAUCACAGAAGACACAGAGUGACUUUGCCGAGCGCACCCGACACUCCCGAGGAACAUCAGCGCAGUUCUCACUUGAAGCACCAUCAGAGCAGCAGCAGUCCGAGUGAGCCGCAGAAACCGCAGGCGCAGUGUCGCGAGGUAAACGCGGUGACAAAGUCACGCCUCAGACGACUGCAUGCGGGCGACGGGCCGCACAUGAACGUAGGUCGCAAGCUCACCAUGAGCGCGAGCUGCUACCAGAUCAGCCAGCAGCUCUAUUGCAGGAUGACGAGGAGUGGCUGUGUGUACGGCAGGUAUCCUACGAAAUCGUCCGUCAAGUAACAGGUGGAACUCGCUCGCUCUGUAUUGUUCUUCUUGUCGAUGAUGUAAGAAUGUGCUGCUCGUGAAAUCCACUGUGAUGGAGGAGCUGUGUAAAAUUGUUUUAGUUAGUUUUUAAAUCAGGAGUUAACUGGUGGUGAACUGUAAAUGUAUUUAUUGUCAAAAGUUGAUAUAGAUGUUGGUUUACGUAAUGAGAAAUACAAAAUUUCUAGUCAAUAUCAUGCAUUAGAGAACCUUGAAGCUCAAAAUAUAAUUUCCACUAGCGAA